AUGGAUGCUUUGGAAGUUGUUUUGUCUCUUUUGAUUUAUGGACAAGUCCUAUUUUUUCAUUAUGACAAAAUUGUAGACGUGGCCGCUAUCAAGAUAUUUCUCAGUAAGAAUCCCGUUCCUACUUUACUUGGUGAUUUGUUACACUCUAUUCACUUCCGAGUAUCGAAAAGGAAAGGUUGUGUCCUUGGAUGUGCUCCGCUAUUGCAUAAGUGGUUUAUUUUGGACUUACCUCUCUCCGUAAGAAAGAACGAAAAAGAUUUAACUUGGGCUCAAAGAAUUAUGAAGCUUUCUUUUGACGACGUCAUUUGGUAUCAAAAGGAGUUUGAAAGAACUUUGCUAUUUGAUAGUUGUGGAGAAUUCCCUAAUAUACCUCUUCUUGGUGUUCAUGGAGGAAUAACGUAUAAUCCCAUUCUAGCUCGACAUCAGUUUGGUUUUGCUUUGAAGGAUAAGCCACGUUCCUUAUAUCUCAGUUCAGAAUACUUCAGCUAUAAUUCAAACAAGGCAAAGAAAAGGGAUCUCUUCAUCAAAGCUUGGUCGAAAGUAAAGAAAGUUGGUGCAAAAGAUAUAGGAAGGAGAAACUACAUGCCAUGGGACCCAUAUUUCCGAUGGGUUUAUGAUCGAGUUAUGGAGUUUGGGAUGCCUUACCCUUCUGAUACGCCCAUAGUACCAAGAAUAGCUCCCCCUGCUGUCACAGUUGCAUUUGAGCCAUAUGUUCCUACUCCAAAUGAAGAUCUUGUUGCAACUGUUAACCAACUAAAGAGGGAAAGGGAUGACUUUGAGAGACGCUUGCUAAAAGCUGAAGCUGAAAAGAAGGUGAUGACACAAGAUGCUAAAGAGCGAGAGACUUUGCUAGAUUACUUUUCUCGCAAAUGGAAGAUUGAAGAUUUUGUUUCCCCAAAUCAGAUUAACUCAUGGGAAGAUGAAAUUUCAAGGCUUGUUCAAGAAAGAGAAGAAAUGAUCAAGGCACACAAAGAAGAAGUUAGAGUUUUGAAAAGGAGGCGUCGUCAAGAAGACAAGAUUCCCGGAAUUUAG